UCCGUCCGGAAGCGCUGUGGUACGGCGUGGGUCUGUCGCGCGGGGGAACUGAUCGUGUGCCUAGCGGGGCUGUGUUGGCUUCAGGCGCGCGCAGCGAUGCUUACUCCUGCGUUCGAGCUGACCCAGGACUGCGACUUCCUCACCGUCGCCAUCCGCGUGCCCCACGCGCGCGCCUCUGAGUUCGACGUGUACUUCGAGGGGGUGGACUUCAAGUUCUACGCCAAGCCGUACUUUCUGAGAUUAACUCUGCCUGGAAGGAUUGUGGAAAAUGGAUCUGAGCAGGGGACCUAUGAUGCAGAUAAAGGAAUUUUUACCAUUCGAUUGCCCAAGGAAACUCCUGGCCAACAUUUUGAGGGGCUGAACAUGUUAACUGCUCUUCUGGCCCCGAGAAAAUCCAGGUCUGCCAAGCCACUUGUGGAAGAAAUAGGUGCUUCCGGGGUUGCUGAGGAAGGAGCUGACGACGAGGAUGAAGAGUUUGACUGGGAAAUCGAGCAGACUCCCUAUGAAGAGGUCUCAGAAAGUACUCUGCAAUCACAGUGUCACUAUGGAUUUGGAAACCUGCGGGCCGGUGUGGUUCAGCGGUUACAGGAUGAGCUGAGUGAGGUUAUCGAUAUUAAGGAUCCAGAUUUCACUCCUGUGACUGAACGGAGGCAGAAGCGCCUGGCUGCUGAGUUGGCCAAAUUUGAUCCCGAUCAUUAUCUAGCUGACUUCUUUGAAGACGAGGCAGUUGAGCAGAUUUUGAAGUACAGUCCUUGGUGGAAUGAUGCACAUGCAGAAAUGGUGGCCUCUUUGGGAAAGAACCAAGAGCAAGGGGACUCUGCUGCAUUAGUGUCUUUUUCAGAAGAGGAAAAAUAUCAGCUACGAAAAUUUGUGAAUAAGUCUUACCUGCUAGACAAGACGGCUCACCGUCAAGUGUACUAUGGUUUGGUUGACAUCCUGCUGGCCUAUUGCUAUGAAGUACGUGUCACUGAAGGAGAGCACAGCGUUGAAUCUGCGUGGACCAUCAGAAAGCUGAGUCCAACACUCUGCUGGUUUGAGACCUGGACAGACGUUCAUGAAAUCCUGGUGUCCUUUGGAAGGAGAGUUUUGUGCUAUCCACUUUAUCGUCAUUUCAAGCUGGUGCUGAAAGCCUACCGAGACACUAUAAAGAUACUGCAACUAGGUAAGAGUGCAGUUUUAAAGUGUCUCCUGGAUGUUCACAAAGUCUUUCAGGAAAAUGACCCAGCAUAUAUUCUGAAUGAUCUCUACAUCUCAGACUACUGUGUAUGGAUUCAGAAGGCCAAGUCCAAGAAGUUGGCUGCCCUAACCGAAGCCUUGAAAGCAGUCUCGCUCAGUAAGGCCCAGCUGGGGUUAGAGUUGCCAGAACUGGAAGCCGCCGCACUCCUCGUCCAGGAGGAGGAAGGUGCUGGAAGAGCAGCCCAGUGCAAUCCCUCGCAUCAGGCUCCACACUCCAGUCCCGAGCCCAGUGACUCGGACAGCACCUCAUCCUCUGGCACAGAGGACUCAGCGUCAGAGCAAGAGGAGCCUGCUGGGACCCAGCCCUCCCUGCUCACUUCUCUGCAAGCCCCACUUUUGGAAGAGGACAGUGCCCUGAUCAUCAGGGAGAGUGGGCUCUGCAGAAACAUGGCCAGCCAGGGAUGUGAAGUCAGUCAAGGACAGCCACUGGCCUCCGCCCGGGCUCCUCUCAUAGAGGAGCUGGGAGAUGCGCUGAAGAUGCUUCGGGUUUCCACACCUCACGGUGUCAGUGCUGGGAGCCACGGGAGUGUAGAGGAUGCAGAGGAGAGGGGUCAGGUGCCCUGCGAUUGACUCAAGUGGUGCGCUCAUUACUGGGCACUAGGUCAGCUGUGCUCUCAUACAGACGUGGGAUUUCUGAUUUUGAUUGUGUUCUUUUUCUGUGUGAACAUAGGACAUUGUUUUUCAGUGAUAUAACAUUUAUACCUUUCAAAUUUUUAUUUUGCACCUUGAAAAAUAAAGUUCUGAAGUAUUCUUUAUAAGGUGUAAAUAAUUAGAAAUGAAGACCAUAGUUCUACUAGAAAAAUCUCUAGACCAGCGAUUCUCAGUCUUCCUAAUGCUGAGACCCUUUAACAGUUCCUUAUGGUAUGGUGACCACCAACUGUAAAGUCAUUCUUGUUGCUACUUCAUAACUGUAAUUUCCUACUGUUAUGAAUGAUAAUGUAAAUAUCUGAUAUGCAAGCUAUCUGUUAUGUCAGCCUGAAAGUGUCAUGACCCCAACCAAGGUUGAGAACCGUUGCUCUAGACUGUAACAGGACAGGUAGCACUCACAUGUGAAGUGUGCACUGUGAGGAAAUGGUGAAAUGCUCACUGCUGUCAGGGCCAUACAUUUCCCCAUCGUCUCCAGCUGUCCCUGGACCCUUUGACAUCCCUUUCUCUGGGCCAGAUGCCACCCACCCAUGUUCCCUGAUCUUACAUUGCUUGCACUGUACAUAAACUGAAGCAUGCAGUGUGCUCUUCUCAGAGAGCUCAUUUCACUGCACAUAAUUAUCAUGAGACUGAUGAGGCUGCUAGUAUGUGCCGAGUCUUUUGUGUUGUCUUCUCAGAGCGGAGACAUUUCUUGGAAUAGCUUUGUCCCUUCAGCCACUGAUGGACAUUUGAGUUGCUGCCGUGGUUUUGCCUGUUAAUAAGACUGUUGUGAGCAUUCAGAUACAAGCCUCUGUGUGCACAUAUGCUUCCUUCUCCCUAGGUAAGCAUCAGUGUGAUGUGUCUUGAGUGUGGGAUAUGAUUAGCAUUUACCAGGCGGUGCAGCUAUGUUCCCUCUUAGCUCGGAUGGAUCAGUCUGCUCUAGCAGUGGGUAAGUGGGCCGUCCCGUUCUUUCCAGUGCUGAAUGCUGCUCGGUGUUUCCAUCCUCUUUCACAUUUGCUUGCUUAGUUACUGUGUGUCUGUGUGCAUGUGUGUGUUCAGGAGUCAGGUCUUGCCUUUACCCACGUGGCUUCCAGGGAUUGAAUGUGGGUCAUCAGACUUGGUGUCAAGCCCCCUUACCCACAGAGCCACCUUGCCUGCCCUCCUGGUGUUCACUGCCCCCGCAGGUGUAGACUUGAGGCCGCUUCUGAUCUCAGGUUUCUGGGCUAGGCCUCUCUUCAUACUUCCUGAUAGCUUGCAGAUCCUUCUGAGCUGUCCAAAUCUUUCGGCGUUUUUAAAGGGUAUUCUAUUUUCUUACUUUCUAGCUUGAGAGUUCUUUAUAAGGUUUGGAUACAAGUUCUCAUUAUGAGUCAUGUUUUCCUGCUUUUUUGUGUGUGCCUUAUC